GGGCCAUGUCGGAAACCGCUCCCGCUGAGACGGCGGCCCCGGCGCCGGUGGAGAAGUCGCCCGCCAAAAAGAAAGCCACUAAGAAGGCGGCCGGCGGUGGCGCUGCGAAGCGCAAAGCCACCGGCCCCCCGGUGUCCGAGCUCAUCACCAAGGCCGUCGCCGCGUCCAAGGAGCGCAACGGCCUCUCUCUGGCGGCGCUCAAGAAGGCGCUGGCGGCCGCCGGCUACGACGUGGAGAAGAACAACAGCCGCAUCAAGCUGGGCCUCAAGAGCCUGGUGAGCAAGGGCACCCUGGUGCAGACCAAGGGCACCGGCGCCUCGGGCUCCUUCAAGCUCAACAAGAAGGCGGCCUCCGGCGAGGCCAAGCCCAAAGCCAAGAAGGCGGGCGCGGCCAAGCCCAAGAAGGCGGCCGGGACCACCCCUAAGAAGCCCAAGAAGGCUGCGGGGGCGAAGAAGGCGGUGAAAAAGACGCCCAAGAAAGCUAAGAAGCCUGCAGCCGCUGGUGUCAAAAAGGUGGCCAAGAGCCCCAAGAAAGCCAAGGCGGCUGCAAAGCCCAAGAAAGCGGCCAAGAGCCCCGCUAAGCCCAAGGCGGUGAAGCCGAAAGCCGCCAAACCCAAAGCCGCUAAGCCCAAGGCAGCGAAGCCUAAGGCUGCUAAGGCAAAGAAAGCGGCUCCGAAAAAGAAGUAGGAAGCUGGCCUUCAAAAAGGCAACGAAACCCCAAAGGCUCUUUUCAGAGCCACCCAAAUUUCUCUAAAAACCGCUGUACACCAGUAGUGGUUGUUGCAAUAACAACACCUCAAAGUGCCAUACAUGCCACGUACCCCGGACCUGUAAGGAGAAAACUAUUACACAGCUAUUUGAAAAAGCCCGCUACAAUUCCCUACUGGUCCCUGUUUGCAAGGUUCUUUUAACCCUUGAUGCUCUAUUGCUAUUUCUUACUUUCUUACACGAGUGAGAAUGCAGAAACCACACCACCGUCUUGGCACGGCAGACCGGGAUACAUUAAGUUAUGAAAAGUAAAUAAAGGUGUAGAUU